GAAAUGCGGAAAAGCUUCAAAAUCUUAAAGCCAAAACAUAUAUCCUCUUGGGAAAAAUAUUUGGAAUAUUAAAUGGAGGUUGUCUGAUUUAGAAUUAUAUACAAUACCGCAACGCAGAACAUCUGAUAGACUUGAACGAAUCGCCCAAGCGCGACAACUGGAAGUGUCUAAUAAGCCGUAUCGAAGUAAAAUAUGUGAGACAACGCGUUGGAAAAACUUCUGCAACCUUUAUUAGCGAGGCGUAAGAACAACAUACUAAGCCAACAAAAAAAGAAAAAAAAAAAAAAAAUACGGUUAACCGCAUAUAAACUAAGCAACAGCAUUAAGAUUGUAAUUGUCAACCCGACUUGUACGUACAUAAUUACCUCAAACCAUAAACCACAAGUGCAGCUAACAUUUAACCGCUAAUAACAUAAACAACUGUUAACGGUAGUUUAUUGUUGUAGUAAUUGACUAGCGUUACACACACACACACACACACAUUGAAGUACUCAUGUUCUUGCAACGGUGGCAAAUGACAGUCAGCGCGUUACAGCUGCCGCUGGUCUUGUCACUGUUGCUCAUGUGUCACGGUGCCUGGACAAAGAGAACGACAAACGAAGCUACAGCCAAAGCUGCCAAUGCAGCAGAUGGUUUAAAAGUCGCCGCGUCGCCAACACGAGUACCCUUGGUAGCUGUACCACUGGUUUCGUCAUCGGAAGCCACACUUCUAACAACACGUCGCCUGUUUCCGCCAUCAACGUCCUCAUUUACGCCGCGACGCCAAGAACGCGCACGACACCGCUAUGAUGAAGAAGUAGCGGAUGUGGAGGUGGCGCCGCCCCCACAAGUGGCCACUUCUGCUGACGCCAAAGCGACUAAAAGUGGCCGCAAUCUAGGCAACUUGCCGAAGAAGCGCUACAAAGUGCUCGCGGUGCAUACAAAUUGUACGCGCGACCUUUUCUCGAUGCGCAUCGAUUUGAAUCGCGAUUUCCGUGGCCUUGUCUAUGCCAAGGACUUUCCGUUGGAGUGCAGCGCACGCGGCAACGCACAACAAAAUGUCACACUGCGUUUGCCCACAUCCGGUUGUGGUGUACGCGCUGAGCCGCGCGCUGAUGGCGUGAUGGAGCUUUCGGUGCGCGUGAUGCUGCAAAUGGAGCAGAAAUUGCGGCAGAGUUCGGAUAUCUUGCGUACAGUGCGUUGCAAGUUGCCGCCAACGGCAAUGGGCAUGAUGGUGGGACCUGCAGCGGGCAUGGUGGGCAAGCGGGCGAGACUCAAAGCGGGUGGUCAACAGCGAAAAGUUGCGCAGAAUUACAGAAACGGGCGAAUGCGCACGCUUAUUGCGUCACUAAGCAAGGGUGAUAAAAAUGACGCUACGACAGCUAACAAUGAAGAUUUCACCGAUGCGCCACAAACGGAUGUGCCUGCUGUUGAUUUGAAAGAACACCAGCAACAGCAGCAACAACCAGUAGAAGAAAAAGGCCAACAAGAACCGGAAAUAAGCGCGACCUCCAAAACUCCUGAGUCAACAGCAACUGCAGCAGUGCCCACGAAUGCCGCUACUGAAAGCGGCGAUGGCGGUGAUGACGCUGCCGAUAGCAAUGCCAGCGAUGGCGUUCGUGGCGCUUCAACCAGCACAGCCAGCAACAGUGCCACUCCGCGCGUGCGCAUUUGGCUCGAGCUGGGCGGCCUUGAUGGUUCCGGCGCGGUGGAAGUGGGCCAAGCCACAAUGUUAACUGUACGCGCCAUAGUACCAGGUUCGAUGGGUGUGCGCGUAGUGGACUGCGCGGCGCUCGAUGGACUGGGCGAUUCGAAACAACAGUUGCUGGACGAGCGUGGCUGCACAGUUGAUGAACAG